CGACUGCUGAUGACGUCACGCGGUCUGAAAGGGUUGUCGCGUUUCAGCACCGUACCUUGUAGCAGCUGUUCCGAGAAGCGAGGGGCUCUGCGGCCUUUACGCGCUGUUCUAAGGUGAUGGUUGUCUUUAAGCAGCGAUGUGAAACAAAGCGGUCAACACUCCGAGUAGUCGGACCGCUUCCAGCGUAACAUCCACAGCCCAUCAUCAGCCCCCCGCCCCGACGGACACUUCCAGGCUUGAGAGAAUGAAGUGUCUGAUAACAAGGAACUUUAAUCCAAAGAAUUCAUCUCACUUGCUUCAAAGGCUGUUCUCCCAGAAGCCAUUGCCAACUUUAACGCUCUUUACAAAGGAGCAGUGUCCAUUGUGCGACAGUGCAAAAGAAGUCCUUGAACCAUAUAAGCACAGAUAUAUUUUCCAACAGGUUGAUAUCACGUUAUCUGAGAACAAAGUGUGGUAUAACAGAUACAGGUAUGACAUCCCUGUCUUCCAUUUCAACGGACGGUUCCUGAUGAAGCACGGAGUCAACACGGCCUUACUGGAGCAGCAGCUGUCUGAGGCAGAGAGGGAAAGAUGAUAUCAGCCAUGGACUCUAUCGAAGAGUUACUGAAAUGUCUUCCAGAACAACGAUUGUAACUGUUGAAAUGACAAAUAAAUACUGUUGGCAUGAAUG